AUGGCGACGCCGCCUCCUGAGGUUCAUCCUGUCACGAAGGAGGACAAGCCCCAGUUGCCUCCAACGCCCACUGGUCUUUCCGCGCCUGACCUCACAGCCACCAGCGAUGGCCCGGCAGACACCGAGAUGAAUCCCCCGGCGCUGAAUGGUCACGCCCCCACCAACGGUACAAGCACUGCGACUUCCCCACCCAAGUCUCCCGUCCCUGCGCCUAUCGAUCAUCGGGUGCCAUCGGAAAUGGCCCAAAAUGACACACCUUCUGCUUCAGGCUCGGCUCCCCCUGCUGAGGCCCCGCCGACCGAGAAAAAUGUCGGCGCUCCACAGGGUCAAGACUCUGCUACCCCAGUCGCGGCCGACGCUGCCGCUGGAGAUGUCGCGCCGUCUGUCCAGGCUCCGGUUCAUGAUCCAACACCUUCCGAAUCUACCAGUGGCCCCAUUGCCACAUCCGAUGCAAUGGCUAUUGAUACCCCCCAAGAUGUCUCGGCUGCCCCGAAGACAGAGCUGCCACAUCAUCCUAACCCGGAUUCCGCUCCCAUCUCUCUUCCCGCGCCCCAACCAGUCGAUCAACAGAUGACGGAUGCAUCAGAGCCGCCGCCAUCUCCGUCCAAGAUGUCCCGACAACGUGAUUCUAGCAUCGGCAUCGAAGAACCAUCUGCUAAGCGGGCCAAGGUCGAGGGCGAGGACUCGGCUGUCGACGUCAAGUCUCAGGGUUUCACAGCUUCAGCGACCGGAACACCUGGACCAACUCGUACUGGUGACGCACCAGGGCUGACCAAACUCCAACACAAGUUUAUCUCGAAGUCUCUCACAAGCCUCAAACGCAUGCAUGACGCGCGUUUCUAUAGGGAACCUGUGGAUGCUGUCAAGUUGAAUAUUCCUCAGUAUCACACCAUUAUCACCCAACCCAUGGACCUCGGCACCAUGGAAAAGAAGCUUAAGAACAACGAGUACACUUCUCCUGGAGCAGUUGCGGAUGAUUUUGCGCUGAUGGUCAAUAACACUACCAUCUUCAACGGCGCAGACCACCUGGUGACCCAAGAGGGAAUCAGACUGAAGGGCGUCUUUGACAAGCAAAUGACACAUCUUCCUAGGGCCGACCAAGUGGAAGAGAAGAAGCCAAAGAAGCAGACCGAGAAGACGUCCGCUGCUCGCCGGGAGCCACGGACUUCCCUUCCCAGCCAGCCUAAGGCUUCUUCCCCUCAGUCUCAGACAUUUGCGCUUGGACCUGAAGGACUGCCUGUCAUCCGUCGCGAUUCAUUUAACCCAGAUGGUCGUCCGAAACGCUCCAUCCACCCACCGAAACGCGACCUCCCAUACUCGACCAAGCCCAAGAAAAAGAAGUUCCAGUGGGAGUUACGCUUCUGCCAGGAGGUCUUGGACGAGAUGCACAAGCAGAAGCAUUACAACUGGGUUAUGCCUUUCUACUACCCGGUGGACCCCGUUGCCCUGAACAUUCCUACUUAUCACAGCGUCAUCAAGAAGCCGAUGGAUCUGUCGACUGUUCAGUCCAAACUCAAGACUGGCCAGUAUGAGAACGCCAAGGAGUUUGAGGGUGACGUUCGCCAAAUUUUCAAAAACUGCUUCCGAUUCAACAUUCCUGGUGACCCUACCUACAUCUGUGGCCAACGUGCCGAGGAAAUCUUCAACGCCAAGUGGGCUCAGAAAUCGGACUACCUCGAAGCGCAUGAACCGCAUCCCGAACAGAACACCGAUUCUUCUGAUGAAGAUAGUGACGAGGAUGCCGAGGAGAGCGAAGAGGAUGAUGAGAAACUCACUUUGCUCCAGAAGCAGAUCGCUGAAAUGUCUCGCCAGGUUGAGGCUAUCACCAACAAGAAGAAGAAGACCCCGCCUUCUUCCAAGAAAGUUGGCAAGACCAAGCUUGCCAAAAAGGAAUCCAAAAAGCUCGGUGGUAAAAAGGACAAGAAGAGCAAGAGCUCUCAGCCUGGCAAAGUUCGUGCCAUCACCUACAAUGAGAAGCAGAUCAUCUCGAACGGGAUCAGUAGUCUUCCCGACAAGAAAAUGCAGCAAGCCCUCCAAAUCAUCCAGAACAACGUUCCUCAACUCAAGGGAACUGAUGAAGCUGAAAUUGAGCUUGACAUCGAUGAGCUCCCCAAUGAUGUCUUGCACAAGCUGCUCAACUUCGUGAAGAAGCACGUCCCCAAUAUGAUGGAUGACGAUGACGACGACGAUAUUCCUGCCAGCAGCGUCGCACCCCCAAAGCCCAAGAAGAAUAAGCCGAUGAGCAAGUUUGAACAAGAAGCCCAAAUCAACAUGCUUCAGAGCAACCUUUCUCGUUUCCAGGGUGGCGCCUAUUCUCCCGAUCCAGUGGCCUCGGUCGAACACAACGAAAGCAGUGAUGAUGAUUCUGACUCGUCCGAGGAAGAGAGCGAAGAAGAGUAG